UUUACAGAGCUCGCGCAGAUACGUAAUAUUGGCAUUUCCGCACAUAUAGACAGUGGGAAGACCACGAUCUCCGAGCGUAUUCUGUUCUACACGAACAGGAUAGAUGAAAUGCACGAGGUUCGUGGAAAAGAUGGUGUUGGUGCGGUAAUGGAUUCAAUGGAGCUAGAACGUCAGCGUGGGAUCACCAUCCAGUCUGCAUCCACUUUUACCACUUGGCGUGGACACACAAUCAACCUGAUCGACACACCCGGGCACGUGGACUUUACGGUUGAAGUGGAGCGUGCGCUGCGUGUGCUUGAUGGGGCUGUGCUUGUCUUGUGCGCAGUUGGCGGUGUACAAAGUCAAACACUAACAGUCAGUCGCCAGAUGAACCGCUACGAGAUUCCGCGAAUAGCUUUUGUGAACAAGUUGGACAGACUAGGCGCGAAUCCACAACGCGUUUUGGAGCAAAUGCGUUCCAAACUCCAGUUCAACGCUGCCUUCGUCAACAUACCUAUCAGUACAGAUCCAAAAAGCACGGGAAUCGUCGAUCUGAUUGAACAAAAAGUGCUCUAUUUUGACGAGCCAUUCGGUCUGAACGUACGCGAAGACGCUAUCCCAUCGGAGAUGCUGAGUGAAGUUGCUGACCGACGAGCGGAGUUUAUAGAAUGCUUAGCAAACGUUGAUGAUCAAGUAGCGGAGUCCUUCUUGAAUGAGAAACCUCUGAGUGAACAACAACUGAAAGCUGGUGUCCGACGUGCAGUGAUCUCAAGAAAAUUUGUUCCAGUCCUCGUAGGGUCCGCAUUGCGCAAUCGAGGCGUCCAACCCGUUUUGGAUGCCAUUGUGGACUACUUACCUAAUCCAAGUGAAGUGCAGUAUUAUGCGCUUGAUGAAAGUGGCGACACUUAUCCGCAACCCACAAUCCGCUCACUUUCCACACUUUCCUCUUUACUCAGAACGUCCGUCAAAGUUCCACUCAACGCUGAACGAUCUGACCAGCAACCUUUCUUGGGACUCGCCUUCAAACUGGAAGCAAGCAAGUUUGGCCAACUCACGUAUGUACGUGUCUAUCAAGGCUGUCUCCAUCGUGGCCAGGUGAUCGUCAACACCCGUACUGGACGUCGCAUUCGCUGCCCACGCCUGGGUCGUCUCAAUGUAACGGAAUUCGAAGAACUGGAAACCAUUUAUGCAGGAGAUAUUGCUUCUCUGUUUGGCGUCGACUGCGCUUCCGGUGAUACCCUAAUGGAUGUAAAGGCUCCGAAACCACUAGUUAUGGAAUCAAUGUUUAUCCCCGAACCGGUUGUUUCAAUGUCCAUCACGCCGGUUGACAAGUCCAACGCGGAGUCUUUCAGCAAAGGCAUGGGUCGUUUCACGCGCGAGGACCCCACCUUCCGCCUGUCCCAAGACCCUGAAAGUGGUCAGUCCAUUGUAUCCGGGAUGGGCGAGCUGCACUUGGAGAUCUAUGCGCAACGGCUGGCUCGUGAAUAUAAUGCACCUUGCGUUCUGGGAAAACCGCGUGUCGCAUUUAGGGAGACACUGACAGAACCGUUCCAAUUUGAUUAUUUGCAUAAAAAGCAGUCUGGCGGAGCUGGUCAGUACGGUCGGGUGAUUGGUGUUCUGGAGCCACUGCCACCGAACUCAAACACUCAACUGAUCUUUUCCGACGAAACAGUCGGAACCCAUGUUCCGAAACAGUACGUGCCGGCAGUUGAGGUCGGAUUCCGAAAUUCGUGUGCCGAGGGCUACUUGGCUGGUCAGCGUAUCGCUGGUGUGCGAUUCCGCUUGCAAGAUGGAGAUAAUCACUGUGUGGACAGUAGUGACUGGGCUUUCCAGCAAGCCGCUGAGGGAGCUAUGAAGCAAGCCAUGAACGAGGGUAGCUGGAUGAUUCUCGAGCCGAUUAUGCUCGUAGAGUCAAUCGCCCCGGCUGAAUUUCAUGGUCAACUUUUGACCUCAAUCACCCGGAGGAACGGAUUGAUCGUCAAUACAGAGAUGCAUGAAGGUUACGCGACGGUUGAAGCCGAGAGGAAUACAAAGGAGACCACGAAACACUUGGGUGCUGUCGGUGCUACUCGCCUUCCAGGAUGGGGACCGCGUGAUCCUCACUGUGCCUGGUUGGAGACACUACAAGAUAUGGCUGCCAACCGA